AUGGAGCCGGCAGACACGGACAGCAAAGAGGAGCAAGCGCCCCAGAGGCUCACGGAGGACGCGAGGAGCCCUUGCGGCUCCCAGGUUCCCCAGGCCUCGGGCGACUCCUCGCAAGCGGCCACGUGCUCCCGCGAGCCCCCUGGGCAGCCCCUGCAGCUGCGGCCCCUGCGUGGCAGAACCUCAGGCUGUCAGAGCCCCUGCAUCCUGCCAGGAGCCUCUGCAAUCUCUGACAGCCUCCACCCCUCGCAGAGGCUCAGUGAGACCUGUCAGCCUGCAGAAGGUGCAGAGCCCGUGGACAGGUCUCCCAGCUCCCUUGGACUCGCGGACUUCAACAACACGGGCCCAAUCCUGACCAUUGACGUGGCAGGGGAAAGCCCAGAAGUCCAAAUGGGAGCCCAGCCCGAUGCAGGGGAGCCGUCUCAGGAGAAGCUGGCGGAGCAGCAAGCGUCCUGGAGCCGGCAGUGGUCAUCCCACAGCGGCCAGGACGCUGUGCCGGUUGUGCCAGCUGGCGACAGCUCGAGCCUGGUGGUGGAGACCAGCCUCCAGACACCAAGGAGGUUCCUCCAUCUCCAGGAAGCUGCCCCAAGAGAGCCCUCGACUGCCAGGAAGGGCUUUCUAAUAGCAGCUGCUCCUGGGACGCCCCUGUGUGAAGCCUCGGGCUGUAGCCCCGGCCCUCGUCAAGAGGAGAGUCCAGCCCACGACGCCGGGGACGACGACGGUGCCGCCCUGCCCCGCUGCACUGGAGCUCCUGCAGCCGCCUGUGCGCGCGGCCCUGGCCCAGCUCUGCCGCUCGCCGGCCCGUCGGCCGCCGGGCGGCGGCCACUGCCCGGCGCGCAGCAGGAAGCAGGGCAAAAGAAGCAGCUGCAGGAGCUGUACCAGCUGGGCCCGCAGCUGGGCAGCGGUGGCUUCGGCACCGUUUUCUCGGGCAUCCGCCUCUCCGAUGGGAGCCCGCCCGACGGCACCCGCGUGCCCAUGGAGAUCGUGCUUAUGGAGAAGGUGGGCUCUGACUGCCACAACAUCAUCCAGCUCCUCGACUGGUUUGAGCUGCCUGACAGCUUUGUGCUGGUGAUGGAGCGUCCGGAGGCAUCGCAGGAUCUCCUGCAGUUCCUGCAGGAGCACGAGUUCCUGUGCGAGGAGAUGGCGCGCUGGCUUUUCUACCAGGUGCUGGAGGCCGUGCGGCACUGCACCGCCUGCGGCGUCCUGCACCGGGACAUCAAGCCAGAGAACCUCCUCGUGGUCCCGGAGAGUGGCGACCUGAAGCUCAUCGACUUCGGUUGCGGCACCUUCCUCCAGGAGCAGGUCUUCACGCGGUUUGCCGGAACGCACGCGUACAGCCCGCCCGAGUGGAUCUGCCUUGGCUGCUACCACGGCCAUGGGGCGACCGUCUGGUCCCUGGGCGUGCUGCUGUACGUCAUGGUCUGCGGGAGCCUCCCCUUCAGGGACGACCAUGACAUCGUGCUGGGGCAGCUCUUCUUCUGGCAGCAGGUCUCUCCAGAGUGCCAACAUCUGAUCCAGUGGUGUUUGGCCAAGCACCCUGAGGACAGGCCAGAGCUGGAGGAGAUCUUGCGCCACCCUUGGGUGCAGGGCAGGCGUUUUUGAUGCCUUGCCGGAGCCUCUGCAGCACCCGCUUUCCGAGUCCCACGCAGGACUGAGGACCCCACAAAUAAAACAACAAAUCCAA